AUGACGGAACAGCCGGUAUCAGUUCUCUUCGUUUGCCUCGGCAACAUCUGCCGCUCGACCAUGGCCGAGGGCGUGUUCCGCAACAUUGCGCAGAAGCCGCCGUACAAGGGCCUCAUCGCCAAGGUGGAUUCUUGCGGUACAGCCGCCUAUCACGUCGGCGACCCCCCAGACUCCCGGACGAUGGCGACGCUUGAAGACCACGGUAUCACGGAUUACCGCCAUGCCGGUCGCAAGGUGUCGCCAUCCGAUUUCAACAAGUUCGACUACAUUUUCGCCAUGGACCGAUCAAACCUGCGAGACCUCCAGAACCUCCAGCAGCGCGGCAACCCGGACUCAAAGGCCAAGGUGAUGCUGUUUGGCGAAUUCUCGGGGGGCCGGAGGCCGGAAGUAGUAGAAGAUCCGUACUAUGGCGGCGACGAGGGCUUCUCCAAGGCCUACGAGCAGUGCACGCGGUUUUCCGGCAACUUCCUGAAACACAUCUUCCCCCACAUCGACCCCAAGGUAUAA